AUGCGGUAUCUUUAUAUUGUAGUAGGAGUUACAGCUACGGUCCUCCGUCCAAUUUUCUGCCUCCCGCAGUAUGUUCCCCUCCAAUUCCCAGCGUUAGACAAUACCACUAUUGCAGCAACAAAUCUUACUGGGGUUCCAGCUAGCUUUCCUUUCGUCAUUGAAGGAUGUGGUGCAUACACAGGAAAUCUGGUGGAUGUACUAAUUAAAGCCAUCGCAGCACUCACGCCGGCGCUGAACGAUGUGGGGCUUGGACUUGAUAGUCAUCAUGGCUUCAGAGCACUGUUCAAAGAUGGCGCAAUUUCGACUUACGUCCGAGGCAUUUUGCGGUCCAUCGCUUCAGCUCAGCCAUUGAAGGGUCUCAAACCAGAUCCAUCUGUGCCGUCUGCACCUCGCUUCGCUUGUGUCACACGCAGCACAGUAAGCCAAUACAAGUUUCUCGAGCUCGAUCCAUGGGAGAUAUGCAGCCGGCCAGACGCUGGGCAGGCCUUUUACCUUGGAGGUUCCAGCUAUAUCUUCCUUUGCUCAAGCUUCUGGUGGGGCAGAAUUGCGCCGCAUAAGAACACUUGUCCUUCUGUCAGAGAAAACCAAUUCUUAGGUGGCGGGGAAGCUCUCAGCAUGUACUUGACCUACCUGGUCAUUCAUGAGAUGGUGCAUUUUUAUCUGGGAAAGGCUUCCUUGGGGGCUUUCACUGAUCCACCAGAGGUCUAUCCCAUUAACGAUUGCGUGGCCUUAGACCCGUUGGACUCGGUCCACAACCCCCAGAACUACCAAUUUUACGUUGCCAUGGCUGAGCAAGGUUGCACCAAAGUUCCAGAUCCUGACCGGCCUCCUUUCUUGUCAAACCAAAGCAAGAGUAGUCUGCCAGCAUUUCUCCUCACAGACGCUGUAAACACCCAGCCAUCUCUUGCUGCCGCCGUUGAAAAGCUUCCUACCGUGACGACUAUCCCUGUGCUUGAAAGCCUGCAUAACGAUCCUGAUGACAAUUUAGGCCUCCAGUCCUAUGAAAGCUGA